AUGCCUCCUCUGGUAAUUACAGAGAGGAACCCCAUUCGUCUUCCGGAAGUUUUGGCGAGCUGGAAACGAAAGAUCCUGCGGCCAUUUAUUCGGAAGCGCGUUGGUAAGGGGAAGCAGCCGAUGAGAUCGCCCGAAGAGUCAGAGACCCCGAACGAGGAGCCGGGAACUCCAGCCGAGGAGUCAGAGGGAUCGGGGAAAGUAUUGGGGAGCCCUGAAUGGUACCCUCUCACCGGCCUGAAAAUCGAAACAACGGCUAUUUCCAUGCCGCUCGGUUUGUGGGUGAGAUGGACGGAGUUUGAGCCACUCGAAUCCGGUCGUGAAGCCUCCGCAUACCCUUCCGCACACUCCUCCCUCCUACUCACAGAUCAAAACUUGUUCUUCCCAACAUCACUGCAUACAUUGGUUCAUUUCAUCUGCAGUCAAACCUGCUUUGAGAAUAUCCUGAAGAUAAAAGGUAAACAUCUGCGACCUGAUCUUGUCUUCAUCCCUACCAUUCUCAUUCACGAAUCAAAGCUUGUCACAACAUCGAAACUGGUUCAUCUCAUCUGCAAUCGCACCGGCCUUGAGAACACCCUGAAAAAAGGAGAAAACAUCUCUGAGCUGAUAUUGUCUUCCUCUCUACCAUUCCCUCUCCAAUCUCUACGCUUUGCUCAUAGCUCUAGACACCAAGACACCAACCUCACAUUCAUCAUGGGACCGAAACGCCUAGCCACACAACCGUACAGCAAAGAGCGGUUCGAAUCGGCCAAGAAGCUCUUUUUGCCUGGCAAGAGAAGCGCCACACAUCGCAUGAAUGACCCCGACCACUUCACCAAGGGUCCUUACACACUGAGAAGCCGCAGCAAGAUGACGCUCGUGAAAAUCAACCCUACCUGGAUCGAUCAUGACAAUGAUGCCGAUUAUGAUCCAUCUCCUCGUAGGGCCCGCAAGCGCAAAAAUGGCGGCAAAUGCAGCCAGCCACGCAAGAAGCAAGCAAAGAUCAAUACACCCGGUAUCAUAUUAGGGGUCAGUGAGGAUGAGAACAUCGAUGCCAGCACUUCAGUUGCAAGCUCUCAUAUGACAUUUACUUCCGUUGAGUCAAAUGAGCAGACCAUGGGACAACUUCUUGUUGACGCAACGGCAUUCAAUAUGCCUGAAUCAUCUAGGGUGGAAGGGAAUAGACUCCUCGCCACGACGUCUCCGACAAAGCGUCGCAAGGUCUCCCCGAGCAGUCCAGGAGAGACACAACGUCACGCCCAAGCUCCCUCUGACCCUCCGGCGCCCUCAGUCCCCUCAUUGCCUCCUCGGCGCGUUCCUUCGUCUCGCAGUGCAACCUCCACCUCCUCGCCCGAACCACAACCGCCUCGCUACGUGCCCGCCCACCUGCAGUCGCACGUCCCCGGCACUCGAUCCCACAACGGCGCCCGAUCACCCACUCCCGCGACCGCCACCGCUGGCCUCACCUUGACCAGUGAACGCGAACGUGAAUCUGAACCCUCCGACAUGCCGACUGGUGACGAUACUGACGCCCGAUCUCCCUCCCCUGGUGUCAAGCGCCCUGCUUCUGAGGUGGUCGACUCCGAUCCCGAUCCCGAUCACGAAGGAGGGGUGAGCACCAUGGAUACCAAUGGUGAUGGCCGGCCUUCAAUCGAUGAGCAGAUUGCCCAGGUCCAGGCGACCAUGAUGUCAGCACUCAAGGACCGUCAAAAGGGCUAUGUGGUAUCGAUGAACUGGCUGAAGACCAUCCUCGCGCGAAGCUCCUCCCACUCCGAACAAGCCGGCGGCGAAUCGCAAGACAACGAACUUGGCCCUGUCGACAACUCCGAUCUCGUGCUCGAUGUUGGCCCGGCAAAUGAGAAGUUCAGGGACGAGAGAAGCGAUCCAUUCACACCUUUGCGCCCGGGCUUGAAACAAGGCGAAGACUUCGAGGUCGUUCCGCAGGAAGGAUGGGAUAAGAUCAAGAGCUGGUAUGGCCUCGCCGACCAGUCGCCGGUCAUCGUACGCUACGCACACAACGUCAACCAGCGCCAUGAGGACGAGAAGAUCGAAUACGAACUCAACCCCCAGAUCUACACCAUCUACAAGCUCGGCGUCUCCUCCAACAUUACCACGAAGAUCCUGAAAGAAAAGAACCGCAAGCCCGUCAAGGUCUUGGCGCACGCCACUAAAAACUUCCAGAAAUGGCUGAAGGAAGCUAAGAAAGAGACUGGAAUUGACAAGUCGACCAAGGUCCGCGUAUGGAAAAUUGCCGGCAGCAUCCCCAGUGCCAACGCCUCCGCCGUGACGACCCCCGCCGUGUCCCGCACUGUCUCCCCCGCGCCUCCGUCGGGUCUUCUCGCCACCAGCAAACACCUGAACGUCGACCCUAAUGCUUUCCUCUCGUUAGCUGAAGGAAACGAGCGAGAGCUCCUCAAUGAGCAGAUCAAGGAUCAGACUGACAACCCAAAGUACAAUGGCACCAUGAACUUGCGCAUGGCGGGCCUCGUUGGCACGGAUGUCAUUAUCCUUGAGGAGCAGGUGGGUAAGAAUGGAAAAUGGGCAUCCGAGGUGUUGGAGAAGAAGCUCAAGGCAAACGGACUGAGCGUGGAGAAACCUAAGAAAGACCUGAGCACACUCGUUGCCAAAUCACCCUUGAGCAGUGGCAGAUCGACCCCGGCGCAAGAGACCAAACCUGAGCCGACGCAGUGUCUUCGAAAUGUCGAGGAACUGACCUACUACUUCCUGAGCGGCAAGCACAAGUCUGAGUUGAACUUUGAUAACCCUCUGGGUUUCCGUGGAGCGCUUGCCAGUGCUUACGGAGCUUUGCUGGGUCAAAUUCAUCGCCAGCCCCCGCCUCCAUUUGUGGACCCUAGGAAGUUUCGCAAUGUGAUUAAGCGGACCCAUCCGUUCAUGGACAGCUACGAGCAGCAGGACAGCCAAGAAUAUUUGAUGGCUUUGAUGGACGGUGUGGCUGAGGAUCUAAACCGCAUUGUGAAGAAGCCUGCUGUCGAGAAACCCGAUUCCACAGAUGAAAUGGUGACUAACCGGGAGGCCUUGGAGAAGUUCGCUGCCACAUCUUGGGAGUUGUACAAAGUUCGCAACGAUUCCGUCAUGACAGACCUAUUUGCCGGCAUGUACAAGUCAACUUUGCAUUGUCCCAACUGCGAGAAGGUUAGCAUUAGCUUCGACCCAUUCAUCAACCUGACUCUGCCGAUUCCGAACCGACAAAUUAUCUUCCGUGAAGUCAUUGUGCAGAAGAUCGGGCAGACCCCAGUGAAGAUUAUUGUGGAAGUCGACGCGUCUCAGUCGCUGCUUGCUUUCAAGAAAGAAGUCGCCAAGCGCUCUGGAAUCAGCCACAACCGACUUGUCGGCGGCGAGGUUUACAACGGUACCUUCUACCAAUAUCUUAAUGAGGCCAACAGGUCCUUCCGCGAGGUCAACCUCAAGGCUGAGGAUGAUGUGCUCUUCAUGGAGGUGGAAGGCGCCGUUCAAGAUCGCAUCUUGAUCCCAGUCUUUAACCGCUAUCACUCCGGUACCAACCACAACAGUGGUAAACCCAGUUUCAAGCCAUUCGCGUUGCCAUUCAUGAUCUCUCUCACCCAGGAAGAAACCCGUGACGUUGAAGCCAUCUACAACAAGGUCCUGAAACAGGUUGCUGCGCUGACGACUCGCGAUAUCUUUAACGAGAAGGAACCUGAGACGAACAACGCCGAUUCGAAUAUUAACAGUGAAGAUGAGGAUGAAACUGCCUCGCACCCGUUGGCCGGCAAGAUAUUGCAAAGUCUUCUGCGUCUUUUCGAUAUGAAGGUUCUCGCUGGCCAGGCCUUCGGCAAGACGCUUCCAUUAGGACGUAAUCUCGAUAACAGCCGUGAUUAUGCCCUGCUCACUUCCCGCAUCCCGGCGCCUGCUCAACCAAAGGAGUCUGAUAAUACCUCUGAAGGCUCAACCGAUGGCAAUAGCGAUGCCAGCGGCGAAGCCGAGGCGCCCCGGAGCCCGGCCAGCGAAAUUGUCGAUGACUGGUUCCUCGUGGAGCCAUCGGAGGCUUUGCUCCUUGACUGGAAUGAUGACGCCAAGGAUGCCCUUUUCGGUGGAAAGGAUUAUGAUGAUGAGGAUGUGCGUGGAAAAGCUACCUACCUGAAGCCUGAACUUCUUAGCGACCCUGAGAUCUUGAAACGCAAGUCGGAGUGGGAUACCCGGAGAACCAAGGGUGUCUCUCUUGACGAGUGUCUGGAUGAGUUUGGCAAGGAGGAGAUUCUCGAAGAGCAGGAGUCAUGGUUCUGCCCUCGCUGCAAGACACAUACCAGGGCCAAGAAGAAGUUCGAUCUUUGGUCAACCCCCGAUGUGUUGGUUGUUCACCUCAAGCGUUUCUGUAUCAUCAACCGUUACCGUCGCAUGAAGCUGGAUACCCUUGUCGACUUUCCUCUCGAGGAAUUGGACCUGUCAAGGUAUAUCACUGGUCCCGACGAUGGCAAGCCUAUGAAGUAUGAUCUUAUUGGCGUCGACAACCACUCUGGCAGCAUGAAUGGCGGGCACUACACUGCCUACUGUAAGAACUUCGAAGAUGGUCGUUGGUACGAUUUCAACGAUUCAUCUGUUUACGAUAUCGAUAACAACAAGGCCCGAGUCGUGUCGUCUCGGGCUUACCUUCUCUUCUACCGUCGCCGCUCUCCCGAACCCCUCGCCGACGAUGGCCAACGCCUUGGCUCCCCUGUCCAAAAUGGUAUCUCCUUGGACGCUCAUAUGUCGAGCUCAGAUGAAAGCGACCAUGAGACCAGCCAGAUGAGUCUUCUCAAUGAAGGUCCUUCUUGGUCAUUUGGCGCCAUGGAUGUCCCCACUCGCCGCUUUGAUGAUGAACAUAAUGAAAAGGCCAACAAUGGCGAUGAUGACUUGUUUGAGGAUGACGACAGUAAUGUUGCUGUUGGCAGCUCGGAGGCGGGAGACCGCAUGGAAGACCUUCGCUCCGGCAUUACUUCUGAUCAUGAUGUUUCCUUCGAGGAUGUCCCUCCUCUGCAAGAUGAUGGAUCGGACGAUGAGUUGCCUGUAAAGGAGCUUCACGUCGAUGAGAUCGAUAAGAUGGAUAUCUGA